AUGGAGCCGCUUUCGAAGUAUAACUCAACAACUCUGAUACGACACGCAAACUCAAAACUUGAUCUUCGAUGUCGUUCAUCCGAUAGUUCGGCAGCUGAAUUGCAGCUUAUGCAUUGUAUCUCAUCGCGUGAUUGCAGAAACCUCACAGAAGUUGAGAGUUUGGGUUCACAGGUGAGGGUGAGAUUUCAGUCCUUACAGGCCAAUGACAGCGGAACCUACAUUUGUUUGGAUCAUAACACCACAGAAGAAACCGAUUUAGUAUCAUGUCCAAACCAGACCAUCACAAAUACAAGUAUAACCUGUCACUGGUCAUGUGACAAUGGCAGAAAAUACCACGUGUACCUACACGGAUGGAACCAACUCGGAAAUGUCUCGAGAAUAUACAACAUCAGUCCGGAGAACUAUGCAAUGCUUUCAAUUCAAAAGUUGGAACUCGUGCCAUCCAACAUAUCAAUGUCAAUUGUCGUGCAGCUGCAUGAACAUGUAUUUCUGUCUAGAGUUGGAAAAAUUGUUUUUCAAAUUGAAAAACGUGUACUACAAGACUCAGAAUCUGAGUUAACAAAUCUGACACAGUGGAUAACUGAAAUACAGGAGAAUUACGAGAAGAAUAUCACAGAUUUGAAACCUUUCACUCGUUACGAAAUUUGUAUACAAACUAGGUUAUUUGAAGCCAUUGGUCAUUGGAGUAAACCUGUCUGUGGCAAAACAGUCACAAAAGAAGGAGUUCCAACACAUGCACCAGAAACAACAAAAUGGGCAUAUUACUUUGAAAAAGGAAGUGGUCGAGUUCGAUUGUACUUGAAGAAAAUUCCUUCCAAAUAUAACACUUCAAAAAAUUAUAAUUACUCCAUCCUGCGACUCGAAAGUGGUCAGGUGACCUCCAACAUCACGACAAAACCGAACACAACAAUAGAAAUUCCAUCCAACUGGAUUAAAGGCAAUGAUAAAAUUACCGUAAGAAUUAGGUCGUGUAAUGACAUAGGAUGCAGUGACCCUUCCACAUACGUUAACAUUCACAAAGCGAAAGCAGGUAAAUUGCACCAGGUAACACAAGAUAUUUCAUAUGUGUAA